GGCCUUAUAAAACGCUUCUUGUUUGGUUUACCAUGCAUUCUUGUGUGGAUAUGGUCAUACUCUUCCCUCCCUCUCUAAUGGUGGAUCUUCCUCAAGUUUUCGGCUUAACCUCCUUUCGAAACCUCUGUAAAUUUUACAAAUCUCUUAUCAAAAAAUGGUCUCGAAGCAAAAAUUUAUCUGCAAAUGAAUCCCAAGUUGAACCCGAUUUAGAAGCUCAAAAGGACCAUGCAGUCGAUAAUAGACUAGAGGAAGAGUCUAUGAAUGGAGACCACAAUCAUAGACACAAAGGAGAGGGCUUGGGAGGAAAUGGCAGUACCACUAGUCAUAGGGGUUCCCACAAGCAUAGAAGCUCUGACAAUGGCUUUUCUUCCACACCUUCUCCUUCCUCAAGAAGUGCAAGCCGAAAGAGUAACUCUAACACCCCAAUAAAAAGUAAUCUUUUUAGAAGCUCGAGCAAGAAAAGCACACAAUCAAUGCCUUCUUCUACACAUAUGGGUCGCAAAGGCAAAGACUCAACACCCUCUCCUUCUGUCCUAUCAAGAAAUACAAGUCGCAGCUCUAACUCCUCACGCAUCAUGUAUUCAAACUCAUCUGGGAUGUUAAAACCCCCACCAAUCGAGAAGAAGCUCGAGUGCACGCUUGAGGAGUUGUGCUAUGGAAGCACCAGGAAGGUCAAGAUCACAAGAGAAAUCGUUACAGACACCGGGCAAAUAACUCACGAAGAGGAAUUGCUAUCGAUAAAAGUGAAGCCAGGAUGGAAAAAAGGAACGAAGAUCACAUUCGAAGGAAUGGGAAACGAAAGACCUGGGGCUCUUCCAGCAGACAUAACUUUUGUGAUUGCAGAGAAACGACACUCCAUGUUUAGAAGAGAAGGCGACGAUUUGGAGUUAGCCGUAAGGAUCCCCUUAAUAAAGGCACUUACAGGCUGCAAACUCUCUAUCCCUCUAUUGGGUGGGGAGAAGAUGUCAAUGACAAUUGAUGAUAUCAUAUACCCUGGCUAUGAAAAGAUCAUUGCUGGCAAGGGCAUGCCAAACCCCAAAGACCAUGGAAAGAGAGGAGACCUCAAAAUUACAUUCCUAGUUGACUUUCCAAAAGAACUAACAGAUGAACAACGAUCUGAUAUUCUUAGUAUUCUACAGGAUUCUUCUUGAUCAAUCAUUUAUAGUUUUUUCCCUAUAGGAAUCAAGGAUCAUGUUUGCCUUCAUAUGUUUUGUUUAAACAGUUAUUUUCAUGAGAUAUAGGUUGGCCAUCAAGUAUACCUCAUUGUAAAAUAUACCUAGAAGCUUGACAAUGUAAUCAUCCAAUAAACACUAGAUGUUCAGUUUUGCA